UCGGGCAUGGCUGAGUGGGCUCAGCGCUUAGCCGGCAUCACGGCAUUGGUGUUAGACAUUAGCGGGGUGCUUUAUGACAGUGGAGGCGAAGGAGGCGGCGUCCCCAUUCCCGGAUCCAUAGAAGCUGUACAAAAGAUCAAGGCAUCUGGUCUGAAGCUGCGGUUUUGCACCAAUGAAACUCAAGCGACACGUGAGAAGUUUGUGGAGAAGUUGCAACGAUUGGGCUUUGACAUUGCGGUAAAUGAAGUCACUGCUCCAGCACCAGCAGUAUGCUGCAUUCUUAAGGAACGUAACUUGAGGCCAUACCUUCUUGUACAUGAUGAUGUCAUCCCUGAAUUUUCUGAUAUUGAUAAAACAAACCCCAACUGUGUGGUGGUUGGUGAUGCGGCAGACAACUUCUCUUAUAAAAAUCUUAAUGAAGCCUUUCGAGUUCUCAUUGGCCUGGAGAAUCCGGUUCUCAUAUCUCUGGGAAGGGGGCGCUAUUAUAAAGAAACUGAUGGCUUGACGCUCGAUGUUGGAGUAUAUAUGAAGGCACUAGAGUAUGCCUGUGACAUUCAAGCUGAAGUGGUGGGGAAGCCAGCCAAAAUGUUUUUCCAGUCAGCAUUAAGAGAAAUGGGCGUGGAACCACACCAGGCCAUCAUGAUUGGGGACGAUAUUGUGAAUGAUGUAGGAGGCGCUCAGCAGUGCGGCAUGAGAGCUCUUCAAGUACGGACGGGGAAGUACAGGCCUUGUGAUGAGCAACACUCCCAAGUAAAGGCAGAUGGUUAUGUGGAUAACCUGGCGGAAGCUGUGGAUGUUAUUCUAAAGCAACUGUGCAAGUAACUGGACCUCAGGAGAUGAGUGAAGUCAGAGAGAUGGCUCA